UCGAAAUAACCGAAAGUCUUUUCACUCUUCCCCUUUAAUAACAUAACAAUGAAUAUCAAAAACCCAAAUCAGCACCAGGCGACGGCGGGGUUUUGAAAUGGCGAUCGUGAUCACAGCAGCAGUAGCAGCAACAGCAACGACAUCAAAGAUAUUCUCAGCACCCAUUUCACCAACAAUACCUGCAUCAAUUAGAUGUUGUCGAAAAUCAAAAUCAAUCCAUAUUCUCUCUUCUUCCUUCACAAACCCUGCCACUACAGUAUUCUCGUCUUCACCAACCACGGCAAAUCGACCCAGUCGGGCUCGGGCCGUUACAGUACGUGCUGCAAGAGGUAAAUUCGAACGUAAAAAACCCCAUGUUAAUAUAGGCACCAUAGGACAUGUUGACCAUGGUAAAACUACUUUGACUGCUGCGUUAACUAUGGCUUUAGCUUCAUUUGGUAAUAGUGCACCCAAAAAAUAUGAUGAAAUUGAUGCUGCACCUGAAGAAAGAGCUAGAGGUAUUACUAUUAAUACUGCUACCGUAGAAUACGAAACUGAAAAUCGGCAUUAUGCCCACGUUGAUUGUCCGGGGCAUGCUGAUUAUGUUAAGAAUAUGAUUACUGGUGCUGCACAAAUGGAUGGGGCUAUAUUAGUUGUCUCUGGUGCUGAUGGACCAAUGCCACAAACUAAGGAACAUAUUUUACUUGCUAAACAAGUGGGGGUACCUAAUAUGGUUGUUUUCUUGAAUAAACAGGAUCAAGUUGAUGAUGAGGAGUUACUCGAGUUGGUUGAGUUAGAGGUGAGGGAACUUUUAAGUUUGUAUGAGUUUCCUGGUGAUGACAUACCUAUCGUUUGUGGUUCUGCCCUUAUAGCUUUGGAGGCCUUGAUGGCUAAUCCAAAAAUUAAAAGAGGUGAAAAUGAAUGGGUUGAUAAGAUAUAUCAACUUAUGGAUAAUGUCGAUGAUUAUAUACCUAUACCACAACGUCAAACUGAAUUACCGUUUUUGUUGGCUGUUGAAGAUGUAUUUUCUAUUACUGGCCGUGGUACAGUUGCCACUGGUCGUGUAGAGAGAGGAACUGUUAGGAGUGGUGAGACUGUUGAGAUUGUUGGACUUCGGGAGACGAGGAGUACUAUUGUAACUGGUGUUGAAAUGUUUCAGAAGAUUUUGGAUGAAGCUCUUGCUGGUGACAAUGUAGGUAUAUUACUCCGUGGUAUUCAAAAGGCUGAUAUACAGAGAGGAAUGGUUAUUGCUAAACCUGGUACUAUCACACCACACACGAAAUUCACUGCCAUUGUUUAUGUACUCAAGAAGGAGGAGGGUGGAAGACAUUCCCCGUUUUUCGCUGGUUAUCGGCCACAAUUUUAUAUGAGAACUACCGAUGUUACUGGGAGGGUAGCAAAGAUUAUGAAUGAUAUGGAUGAGGAAUCCAAGAUGGUUAUGCCAGGAGAUCGUGUUAAAAUGGUAGUGGAACUUAUUAUGCCUGUGGCUUGUGAGCAGGGAAUGAGGUUUGCUAUUAGAGAGGGUGGAAAGACUGUUGGAGCAGGUGUUAUUCAAGCUAUUGUGGAGUGAUGCAAAAUCAUCUUUUGUGCUGUUUCUCUUGCCAAAUGUAUGAAGUCUAAGCAAAAUGACGCCCCCGCCCCAUAUUUUUUGUUCAGUGCUCGUGAAAUCGAUAUUCUUCUCUGUUUAUAGUGAAUUUCACUGGUGUUAUGUCUAAUCUUGCAUCCAGGGUCCCGUAGUUUUUUUCUCUCUUCUUUUGUUUGCAGGGCGAUGCUAAUUUUUAGUUGGAUCCAGUGAACUCUUGAUACACUUUUGUCUCUUCAAUUGUUGCUCUUUGUUAUCCAUAAGUGACAUGGUCUCUAAGCUUCUCUUGGCUUGUUUUAAGCUGGUGUUGGAAUGAAAUUGGCAAUGUAUUUUCGGUUCAAGGA